AGAAGAAGACGAAGCAGAGGAAUCUAGGGUUUAUGCUUUCAUUAAAGCAAAGAUGGUAACGAGCAGCGAUCAAAUCCAAAAUGGUUCCGAUGAGCAAUCAAAAAGAUCAGAGAUUUACACAUACGAAGCACCAUGGCAGAUCUACGCAAUGAACUGGAGCAUUCGUCGAGACAAGAAGUAUCGACUCGCAAUCACAAGCCUCAUCGAGCAAUAUCCGAAUCGAGUCGAAAUUGUUCAGCUUGACGAAUCAAAUGGUGAGAUUCAAUCAGAUCCAAAUCUUUGCUUCGAGCAUCCUUACCCACCAACGAAAACCAGUUUCAUUCCCGAUAAAGAAUGUCAAAGUCCCGAUCUUUUAGCUACUUCUAGUGAUUUUCUUCGUUUAUGGCGAAUCUCUGAUGAUGAAUCUCGUGUUGAGCUUAGGUCUUGUCUUAGUAGUGAUAAGAAUAAUGAGUUUAGUGGUCCAAUUACUUCAUUUGAUUGGAAUGAAGCUGAGCCUAGACGAAUUGGGACUUCUAGUAUUGAUACGACUUGUACUAUUUGGGAUAUAGAGCGUGAAGUUGUUGAUACUCAGCUUAUUGCUCAUGAUAAAGAGGUUUAUGACAUUGCUUGGGGUGGAGUUGGUGUUUUCGCCUCUGUUUCAGAAGAUGGUUCCGUUAGAGUGUUCGAUCUCCGUGAUAAGGAGCAUUCGACGAUUAUCUAUGAGAGUGGCGAGCCGAGUACUCCUUUGGUGCGGCUUAGUUGGAACAAGCAGGAUCCGAGGUAUAUGGCUACUGUUAUCAUGGGCAGUGCUAAAAUUGUGGUGUUGGAUAUUCGGUUUCCGGCUCUUCCUGUUGUGGAGCUUCAGCGACAUCAGGCUAGUGUCAAUGCUAUAGCUUGGGCUCCUCAUAGCUCUUCCCACAUCUGCACUGCUGGAGAUGAUUCUCAGGCGUUGAUUUGGGAUAUUUCUUCAAUGGGACAGCAUGUUGAAGGUGGUUUGGAUCCGAUUCUGGCUUACACAGCCGGCGCUGAGGUUGAGCAGCUGCAAUGGUCUUCUUCCCAGCCUGAUUGGGUUGCCAUUGCCUUCUCUAACAAGCUGCAGAUUCUCAGGGUCUGAUUAUGGUUUCCAGAUUUCUGUCAAAUGUAAAAGACUCUUCGCUGUUGUUGAUCCUUUGAUCUUUGACUUUAAGCCUCAAUCCUCAUUGAGUUUCUUCUCAUAGUAUGAUCUGUACAUGGACUAUGUACCUUCAAAAUUGUGAAUAACUAGCUUUAGCUUUGGGUUUGAUUACAUAACGGAGAACAUGAAAACAUCAGCAUUUAUGUUUCUAUGCCCUCGAGCUGUUGGAGUUGCAGGAUUCUGAAGGCGUGUAUGAAGGUAGUUUUUAACAGAGUAAUUUGUCUGUCUCAUCAUUGUAUGAAAUGUGUAGAUUUCUUUGUUAGUUGUUGUAAGCUUUGUCUCUGAUGUCCAUGCCAUAUUUGCAAAGAUACUUAAACACUUUACGGGUGUGUAGAACUGCGAAA